UGCAGGACACCGGCCCUCCAGGACCGAGUUUGGGCACCGCUGCUUUACAACUUUACGCGAAAGCAGUAACACAAUUUCACACUCGUCCCGCCUUCAGUGUGUGUGUGAAUGAAAUGAGGCGGGGCCUAUUUAUCAGCUCUGAACCAUAGGCGACUGACGUCAGAGGUCUGGCUCUUACUGGCGACGUGCGGAACGCAGACCGACACAAGCAAGGAGGAGCGCGGCGCGCAAGCAGCGGGAUGGAGCUCGCGCGGCACGAUCCCAAACCCAGCCGUUUGUUUAACGGAGAAAGCGCGGAUAUUGCUGUGUGAUGAAACGGACCCCGCUGUUCGUUUGCAGUUGUUGAGGCUGACGCGUUGUGCGUGGAAGGACUGGAUUUAUAGGGCCAGCCGCAAGCGAACAUGGACCGAUGCGCUACGGUUCUGGAUCCGGACCAGGAUAAACAGUUUUGCGAGCUGUGUGGAAAGAUAGAAACCCUUUUAAAGUGCGGUCGGUGCCGGAUCUCUUUCUACUGCAGCAAGGAGCAUCAGAAACAGCACUGGAAAAAACACAAACUCACCUGCAGAGAGGCUGACAAGACCAAGACUGUGCCACAAACUCCUCAUCAGCUGGAGAAAACAACUGAUCCAGACAGAAAACAGCUGAUCACCGGAAGCUCAGAAGCUGACAGCAGUACCACCAAACCCCAAACCCACAAACUGGCCACUGAGUAUAUAGUCCCAUGCAUGAACAAGCAUGGCAUUUGUGUAGUGGACAACUUUCUGGGUGAAGACAUCGGGCUGUCCAUACUGGAGGACGUGAGAGCUCUCCAGCAGACUGGUAAAUUCACUGAUGGACAGCUGGUGAGUCAGAAAAGUGACUCUACUAAGGACAAGGGGGAUCAAAUCACUUGGAUCGAGGGGAAGGAGCCUGGAUGCGAGAAGAUCUGCUUCUUGAUGAGUCGCAUGGAUGACCUGGUCAGGAAUUGCAAUGGAAAACUGGGAAACUACUCAAUAAAUGGAAGGACUAAAGCGAUGGUGGCAUGUUAUCCGGGUAAAGGCUCUGGUUAUGUGCGCCAUGUGGACAACCCGAAUGGAGAUGGGAGAUGUGUCACAUGCAUAUAUUACCUUAAUAAGAAUUGGGAUGCCAAGGAAAAUGGGGGUGUAUUGCGGAUAUUUCCAGAGGGUAAAGCUCAGUUUGCGGACAUCGAACCCAAAUUUGACCGCUUGGUUUUAUUCUGGUCUGAUAGACGAAACCCUCAUGAGGUCCAGCCUGCGUAUGAUACAAGAUAUGCCAUUACCGUGUGGUAUUUUGAUGCUGAUGAGCGGGCGAGAGCUAAAGAAAAGUACCUAACAGGUACAGGUGAAAAAGGAGAGAAGGUGGAGCUAAACAAGCCGUCUGAACCAAGCUAAUCAAAUUAUCAUUAAUCCGGACUUUUCCUGGUUACCAGCUGCAUGGAAGAAAAAAAAAGAAGAGCGAGUCGGAAAAGGCUGCGGGUGUCUGUGACGAGAAAGGAGCAGAAGAUUGAAUUAAUAGAGAUUAAAAACUCUGCAGAAUUCAACUACAGUUCCCACAGUUCACCACACUGGUGGUGGUUGAGGAGAGACCCCCCCACAUGAUUGU